ACAAUUAUUUUCAUAUAUUAUUCUUGAAGCCUUAUAUGAAUAUAAGAGAGAGAAUUUUAUCCCAUUAUUAUUAUCACCAUUUCAAUCUUCUUCUUUCCUCAAUAAGAAUCAACUCCCAAAGAGUUCUCUUAACUACCUCAUAAACUAUUUUCCUAAUAUCUGAGUUUAGCAAGUUCAUGUCAAUAUUUUGAUAUGAGAGAGGUUUGGAAUAUAGGAACAUGCAGUCAACAACAAGAAGAAGAAAAAUCAUCUAAUACAAACACUAUUAUGAGCCGUUUUGAGUCACCAACUUCUGCUUUUUAUGCAACAGAAACCUGCAUGGGUUUUGCAGAAUUUGAUAAUAAUCAAUCUUUGAAUACUCAAGUACAUAAGAUCAAUGAUUUGGAGUACCCUUUAUGUCAACAUUUAAGGGAAAACAAUCAAUUUUUGGAUUCAUCAAACCAAUCUGAUCCCAACUUUGAACUGUCAAAUACUUUGCAAGCAUUGGUCAAAUCUCAAUUGAAUGGUAAUCAAUGUGUUAGAUUACCAGAAAACUCCGACAAUUUUUCAUGCGAGAAUUUUCCUAGAAUCAGGCCUUUUCCAUUUGAACAACAAAAGUUGUAUUUCGACGAUCUUGCCUCAGUUAACAGAAGCUCAUCAUUUUGUAACAAAGGAAAUCAUGACUAUAUGGUUGCUCGCGGAGCUUAUCACUUAUCUGUAGAGCAACUGAAUUUCUCUUCUCAACAUGAGAAGUUAUCUCCAACAAUUUCAUCAGCAAGUUUCUCAAAUUCUCUUGGAAACUCUUCUUCUAAUGGAAAUGUAGUCUCGAGUAAAACCAGAAUUAGGUGGACAAAGGAUCUUCAUGAGAAGUUUGUCGAGUGUGUGAAUCGCCUCGGUGGUGCUGACAAGGCAACACCAAAAGCUAUACUGAAGAUGAUGGAUUCUGAAGGUUUGACCAUAUUUCAUGUGAAAAGUCAUUUGCAGAAAUAUAGAACUAUAAAAUUCAUGCCAGAGUCAGCUUCAGGAAAAUCUGACAAAAGAAUCCAUACAGAGGAUCUGCAUCAUGUUGGUGUUAAAGCUGGCUUUCAAAUUAAGGAAGCACUUCAACUUCAAUUAGAUGCACAAAGACGUCUUCAUGAACAAUUAGAGAUUCAAAGAACAUUACAAUUGCGACUUGAGGAACAAGGCAAACAGCUGAAGAAAAUGUUUGAUCAGCAGCAAAAGAGCUGUAACAACUUCUUCAAUACUCCAGCUACAGUCAAUGAUGAUGGUACAAAAAUUAGUCACAAAGAUGUUGAAGUUUCUAUUUCGGAAGGGGCUGAAAAUUCUUUAUUCCCUUGUAAAACAUCUCUGGAUACAUAAUUUGGUAGUUUUGUAUAAAUUUGUAGUUUCCCUGAAGCUUACUCCUUGUAAGCAACAGAAAAAUCUCACCAUGCAAUUUUGCUAUGGGAAUAAAAGUAUUGUUGAUCCUACAAAUAUGAACUCAGUGAAUUAAUUAGUACAGAUAUAUUCUAGUAUUGUUGUUGUUGUAAUCCGAUAGAAACCAUAAGCAUUGUACAGUUGUAUUAAAGUAAACCAUAAUAGCAUUAUUGAG